AUGUCUGGUAUGUCCGCGGCUCCCGCCCUUCAAGAUCCUACUGGCAGGAAACUUAAACCUCAAGGAAGCAAUCCUGAAGCACCGGACAAGAAAGCUGCAAAGAUGGACACUGUGGACACGAACGCGAAGCAAAAGACCUUGGACAUUGACGGCGAAGACGAAGAUAAUCUUUCUGAUGAUGGAGAAGACGAACCGGUAACUAUGAAGGAUACUUGUAUCCCGAAGACUACGUGGCCAAAGUUUGACGAUGGCGGUGGGCAAGGUGUGCACGAACGUAGUCUGGGAGUCGGUCAUGUCCUUUACCUGACUGGCUCGCCAGGCCGAGAUGGGCCGUUCGACGGUGAGUUCUUCUCCUCGACCUUCUGCACCCUGGUCGUCAGCGCGUUCAUCGCCAUCUUCAUGUCGCCCAGCAGGUCGACGAUCACCUCCUCCUUGUUCUUCGAGGUCAUGUCCAUCUCGCUGGACCUCAUCUACAUGGAGCGCUUCGCCGCGAGCUGA